GCCAUAUAGGAAUAUCAAAUCCCCACUCAUCAAAUUGCUAAUAACUUUUAGGGUGCAACGUGGAAGUGCAAUCACAAUAUUAUAUUAGACCUCAUCAAAAAAACGAUAUCAUAGUAGCUUCUAGAUCAGCUCCAUCAAGCAGAGAUGGAAUGGAAGAAUUGCUAUUUGGAUGUCAUAUUGGUGCCUUUAGGUGUUCUAAUGACUGGUGGCUACCAUUUCUGGGUGUGGUACAAUGUGAGAAAUCAUCCACACACUACAAUUAUUGGGAUCAAUGCUAGUGGUCGAAGGAAUUGGGUUGCUACCAUGAUGAAGGACAAUGAAAAGAAAAAUAUUCUGGCGGUUCAAUCCCUCCGGAACACGAUCAUGGGCUCGACACUAAUGGCCACCACCUCAGUUCUCCUCUGCUCCGGCCUCGCCGCAAUCAUAAGCAGCACCUACAGCGUCAAGAAGCCGCUCAACGACUCCGUCUACGGCGCUCACGGCGAGUUCAUGGAAGCACUCAAAUACGUGACUCUGCUCACUGUCUUCCUCUUCUCCUUCUUCUGCCACACACUGUCCAUCAGGUUCAUCAACCAGGUCAACAUUCUCAUCAACAUUCCACAGGAUCCAAUGUCAUUGGUCACACCAGAAUAUAUCAAUGAUAUUUUGGAGAAAGGUUUCAUUCUGAACACUGUUGGGAACAGGCUUUUCUACACUGCACUUCCUCUUUUGCUCUGGAUUUUUGGCCCUGUUUUGGUGUUUCUCUGCUCAUUGUCUAUGGUUCCGGUGCUUUACAAUCUUGACUUUGUGGUGCCUAGUGAUAAGGGGAAGAAGAAGAUGGAGAAGAAUGAGAAUGGAGAUUUUGUAUGAAUUCAGUGUCAUGUGGUAAUUAUUUAUGUGUUUAAGACUUUAAGUAAGAAUUUAAGUUGAUCUUUUUUAUUUCAAUCAUGUAUGCUCUGUUCCGUGUAACAAAGGCUAUAGAAGAGAUUUAGAUUGUGUGAUCAAUAACGUGGGUUGUUGUGAAUACAAAAUUAUGAUAUAUUUGCUGGAUUGCAUUUUCCA